UUCCUUUAGCAUUAACACAAUCCUACAAAUCACAGAUAAUUACCUUUUUACCAAGACAUAGCACAAUUUAUGACAUAAGUAACAAUGAAAAGCUUGAGAAACCAUACUAUGAUUUACAUAUUUUUCUUCACGUGGGCAGCCCUUGCACCCAUUGGUCCCACACCUCUAAAGACUGACCAAGUUCCUUCGUGGAUAACAUCAGGAUAAAUUUGACGAGUCUAUGCAUGCGAUUACUUUUUCCAUGACGUCUCAUUAAAAUCGUUAAGUAUCAGCUGUAUUGCUUGCACACUGACAUCACAGGUUAUAUAUGAAUCCUUACUGCAACUCUAAAGGAAAUUACAUUUACUCUGAACAAGGCAUGACUCACUUGAGAAAGAAUUUGUGCCUGACUAUGCAUAUAAACUUUCUUGAUUCUAAACACUACUACUUCAUGAUGUAAACCUUCCCCUAAAUAUACUCCCCUAAACCCAGCCAUGUGCAUUCAUUCUUUUACUAUCACAGUUCAGUGGUCUUAAUCUCUAUGGACAGUGUUAACAGGAUAAAAUGACUUUUCUGAGGCUGCCACUAAAACACAAGCCUUCUCUCUUCCCUUUCAAGUAGAAUACAACCAGGCAGGAUAUUGGAAAUGGUACAGACACACACUUUGCUGUCUCUUUUACUUCCACUGCAAUAUUUCUUCUGUCACCAGGUUGCUCGGUGAUAAAUUUUAAAGACCUAAAUAUGUCUGUACUCUCCUAUCACAUCUCCGUCCUCCUGCUGCAUUAAGAUAGGACUGAAUCCGCUCUUCAAAGACUGCUUUUUCCUAUAACGUCAGAUUGUGUUGUUUCAAUUUUUGCAAGGUUCACAUGGUUUGACCCAAAUCUAGAUGAUUCCUUUUAGCUAAAAUAGAACACCUUACCCAUCUGAUGCACAGCAAAUGGUAACCCAUCUGACACACAGCACAUGGUAACCCAUCUGACAGCUUCUCAGCUACAUUUGUGUUGGUGUCUGUGAGGACACGAUUCCUACAAAUUGACAUCCCACAUGCCCACAAGGACAUAACAUUCAAUCAGAGCCACUGAAUGACCUUAUAUUAACUUUUUGCAAAAGCUCACAAAUGGAGUGUUCAGAAACAAAGGUUAAGGAUACAUUUUCUUCUACAAGAACAGGAAAUAAAUUAUGCUCCUGCCUUCAUUUAAUAGACACGAUAAAUUAUGAAGGAUUUUCCUUUUUCCUCAGAACAAUUAAAUGUGGCAGAAUCCUUAAUGCAAGUGGAUUCAGUGUAUCUUACAUUUAUGCCUAUCUUUCUUCACAUAUAUUUAGGACUAAUAAGAGAGACUUUCAACUUGAAAUAACCGCUGAAUUCACACUCUUGUUGCCAAAUUUGAAGAAAAACCCUGGAGGACAAAUCAGAAUUAUUGCUAUUCAGUAUUCAGCUGUCAGGGUGAUAGCUUAGAUGCUAUUUCAUGUUUUCCACAAGUAACAGUUUACUGGCCCCCACACUGCCCGGGUUCAUCCUGCUCACCACCACCACCACCACCUCUGCUCAAUGUACUGUGAGCUCAUGCAGUAGGUAUGCCAGAGCAGAACAGGAGUGUCAGGAUUGUUAGUGCUGAGUAGCUGAUUAGAGUUAUUUAUUUGUGUUCUUCAGCACAAGUAUUUAGACUUUUAUUUGAGAGGAAGGAUAUUUUCUUGUGAGACAUGACAAAAUGGAGAAGUUUGUAAUGUUCCUUUGAAACUAGCUCUUUUGCAACAAAAAACAGCUUUCAGUCAACUUGAAAUUCUCUGUAUAUUUGAAUCCCUUUCAAUUACCUCACUUAACUGAUGAACGUAGCAUAUAGUUUUGUCAUGAAUAAUUGUGCCCAGUGUGGUUGUUUCCCUUUCCCCAGACUCACCCCUCUCAGGGUGUAGAGCUCAGCAAUGAGAGCAGCAGCACUCCAGCUUUCAAUCUCUGCCAUUUGCCAUUCAGCAGAGGCCAGUCAGUAGAACAAAGGCCAGUGUGCACUGGCCUCUCUCCGUUCACUGUCUGCCACCAGGCUGUCAUCUCCUCUCUGCCUACCAUCAUCUCUUGUUUUUUGGUGUUUGGAGCACUUCAGAUUUUCAAUGGAAAUGUGUCAGUAAUAAAAGAUUUAUUUACUUAAUGUAAAAGCUCAAGGAAAACUAGGCUGUGUUUAACCCUCCUUACGUUGAUUUCAUCUCUCCUAACGGAAAACGUCAGUGAUUCACACUGCUCUGAGAGGGCCUCGCUUUUGUGCAUGUGAGAGAGGAUUUUCUCAGCAAAGUUUAGCAGACUGUGUACUAUACAAGAGAAGAUGCUACCUAAGUGAUGUGAUGGGGAUCGUCACAUCUCCCUCAGUAGCACAGUUAGAGCUGACUACUACCUGUCUCUGUGGUUUUCUGGCACCCAAGAAAACAAACACAGUUUCUGUCUAAGUUGCAUUUGUGAAAUAGGACAUUUUUUCCUCUUUUCUACUCUUCCCCAUGAGUUCCCUCACAGGACAAGCAGCUUGUACCUGCAUUUUUUUGUAGCUCAGAACUGAGUCUGGUGCAAAAAGAGAGCACCAAUAUGUACCGGUUGCAGGUUUCCUCACUCUGCUAGCAGCUAGACUCAUUCAGUUGGGAGCCCAGCCAUCACUGGGGUUAGCUAGUGGAUGAGUGAUAGAAUUACGGGGUUUGUUUUAUUAACUGGAUCAAUGGCUUAUGAUGAGGGAUGAUAGCAACAGAAUGAAAUGUUGCUGUAAAAAAGACUGAUUUCUAAUAUGUUUCUCCAGAAUUUCAUUCACUCUUGCCAAGGCAUUGUGUGUCUUUUUGUUAUACAGCACAUAAUACUGAAUUCAGCACACUCAGUCCCUCACUAGCUUGAUCCUUGACUACAAAAAUGACGUGAAAAUGGACACAACAUACUCUGUAAUAAAACUGAAAUGACAUAUUUGCAUUCAUAUGUAGCAUUACUAUGGUAAGUUGCUGACAGUAUUAUCCAGCUAAACUCGGGCAACUGAACACUAGGACCCUUCUCUUUUUGCACAUCUAUCAUGAUGAAAUCUAUAAUGUAAUCAUCAGGUAUGUUAAGGGCUUUAGUUUAAAGCACAAACUUAAACAACAAUGGCUAGAAGUCAGACACUUGCUUUGGAAGGAAGAACAUGAAUACUUGAGUGGUAAAGUUGUGCUGCUCUGCUGCUGUCCCCCAGCCUAUGCUUUCAAAAACAUUUUGGAGGAAAAAAUCCUUGAGUUACAAGGGCAGCACAGGUUCGGUUUGGCAGAGUCCUGCACCUCCCUCUAGCCCAGCAAGCCUGCAAGUGUGAGAGGAUUCUAAAAAUGGAGAAUGACUGACUCAUAAAAAUGGAAAACAGAAGGAGGCCCAUGAAUAAAACUGUUCAGCUACCCACCACAGCUUCCUGUAACCACUGAAGAGAGGUGUGUUCGUAGGCAAACACUUUCCAAUCUUUAAGCAAAUAUUUGGCCUGAAGGUUGAGAAAAUACUGUUUUAUAGAGACAUCCAUGCCCUGUCAAGCAUGCAGUGUACCUACCAGAUGUUGCUAUAAAUCAGAUCAUAUUAUGAAACCUAUUGUAUCGGGCGAACUGGGAACACUUCAUCAAAAUGGAGGCCAGUAUGUCACAAGUUUCGUUUUAAAUGGCUUUUCUGUUAUAUAUUGACAUACUCAGUCACUUGGACAUGGAGGGGACAAGUGAUUAAGUAAUUGGACAGAGUCAGCCAAGCAUACCAAAUAGGUUAACGAGGUUCCUUGACCUCUUUUUCUAUAACAAUGCUUAAAUGCAUGCUGUCCUAGUGCAGUACAAUAAUGCAUUUGUUUGAAACACUCCCAAAGCCUGUCUGAAUUACAUUAUUAUUUCAGGCAGUAUUCAUUAUUAAUUGUCAUUGAUUUUGAUUUAGGUAGCCUUUUUCCACUGUUUUACAGCAAAAAAUGAUCCUUGAAAGAUACGCUGCCGAUGAUGAAAGGCACUGAAGUGAUGGUGUAAGGAUGUAUCCAUAGGGCUCACUCCCUGGCUGUGUGAUGGAAUGAGCACUCACAAGGUGUAUACGCAAGCACAGCACACAUACAUCUGUAGGCUGAAGCACACCUGCACUCCUGGCACCUGAUCUGCUUUUCUCAGGUGUGUACCGCCCACAGCAUCGAAAGGCACACUUUGUCCAAGCAUUCAAGCUCUGUGCUUUCAGGAUGCCAAUGUGAGUUCACAAUAACAAGGGGUGCAAAAUGCUGGCACAACUAAGCUGUAGGCAGCAGUGGUGUGGCCUGCUGGGCAUGGUCAUGGGACCUGCUCUGCUUCCUUUACCAGAAGCUGCCUUCAGCACUCUUGGGGUACGCCAGAGGGGCCAGAGUGUGUGCUGUUUCUUUUCAUGUGAGGUAAACUUCUUUGAGGGCCAUGAGGCAGCUGCCUAUCUAAGAUGUGCACCUUCCUCCUGAAAUGUUCCUUUUUUUAGUGUCUGAUCUAGUGGUUGACAGCUCUGCCCGUGGCAGGAGGAGGAACUAGAUGAUCUUUUCAGGUCUCUUCCAAUCCAAGCCACUCUGUGAUCCUAUGAAGCUUAAGACAUUUCAUUUUGGACCAUCACAGAGGGCUGGAUGGACUUGUGUAUUUGUACUUGUGUUUCUAUUCGCUGUGGGCACCGCUCUGAGCUAUUUAUAUACACUGCCACACACUUCUUGCUAUUAAAAGAGUGAGGAUUUUUGGGAAUGAAGCACAGAAUCGGAGCAGUUCAGCCUGGAUGGGGCUUUUGUAGGUUCCCUGCUUCACACCUCAGCCCAAAGGGUCCCAUUUUUACGUCGUAGCUCUGACGGAGGCCAUCAGCUCCUGCCGCCAGAGCUACUUGGUGAACCCAUCGCGCAGGUGAACAGCAGCUCCGCGUCCUGCUUCAGAGUGGCAGCUCUGUGGCAUCACCCCCUCCUGCUUUGCUGAGCGGAGGGAAAGCUUUCGCUGGCGUCCGCGUUCCAGAGCGAGGCGGGGGGAUCUCCCGCACUCCUGCGUACAAAGGGGAGGAGGAUACGCGCCCUGCCCGGCUUCCCCGGCCGCCCCGCCCCAGCGGGUUGGACCGGGACUCCCGCCCAGCGUCCUCCAGGGAACGCCGACAGAGGCAGGGCGCGGGUAGGCCGUCCCGUCCCGCCCGGCGCGCCGGCGGCUGUCGGUUGGGCGGCCCCGGGCGCGCUACCUGCGCGGCGCCGCCACGUGAGCGCCACAUCAGCGCCGCUCCGCGCGCUCCGAGCCGGCAGGCGCAGCAACUGCAGGCGGCAGCGGCCGCGCUCCCGCUCGGCGGCCCGGGAAGAUGCUGCAGUCGCUGGCGGGCAGCUCCUGCGUGCGGCUCGUAGAGCAGCACCGCUCCGCCUGGUGCUUCGCCCUGCUGGUGCUGGGCUACCUGCUCUACCUGGUGUUCGGCGCCGUCGUCUUCUCCUCGGUGGAGCUGCCCUACGAGGACCUGCUGCGGCAGGAGCUGGGCAAGCUGAAGCAGCGCUUCCUGGUGGAGCACGCGUGCCUGUCGGAGCAGCAGCUGGAGCAGUUCCUGCUGCGGGUGCUGGAGGCCAGCAACUACGGCGUCUCGGUGCUCAGCAACGCCUCGGGCAACUGGAACUGGGACUUCACCUCCUCGCUCUUCUUCGCCAGCACCGUGCUCUCCACCACGGGUUAUGGACAUACAGUGCCUUUAUCUGAUGGAGGGAAGGCCUUCUGCAUCAUCUACUCGGUCAUCGGGAUCCCCUUUACGCUGCUUUUCCUGACAGCAGUGGUACAGCGCAUCAUUGUUUACGUCACCAGGCGGCCUGUACUCUAUUUCCACAUUCGCUGGGGUUUCUCCAAGCAGAUUGUUGCCAUCAUCCACGCUGUAGUCCUUGGGUUCAUCACUGUCUCAUGCUUUUUCUUUAUCCCAGCAGCAAUUUUUUCUGUUCUGGAAGAUGACUGGAAUUUUUUGGAGUCUUUUUACUUUUGUUUCAUUUCCCUGAGCACUAUUGGCCUAGGAGACUAUGUGCCAGGAGAAGGCUACAAUCAAAAAUUCCGAGAGCUGUAUAAAAUUGGAAUUACAUGUUACCUCUUGCUGGGCCUCAUUGCGAUGUUGGUGGUUCUUGAGACAUUCUGUGAACUCCAUGAGCUCAAAAAGUUUAGGAAGUUGUUUUAUGUGAAGAAGGACAAGGAAGAGGACCACGUGCAUAUAAUGGAACAUGACCAGCUCUCUUUCUCCUCCAUCUCAGACCAAGCAGCCUCCAUGAAGGACGAUCAGAAGGCAAACGAGCCUUUUGUGACUUCCCAGUCCCCAACUUCCAAUGACAGCUCUCUAAACAAUUAAUACAGGGGCAUCCACAACAUUGUUUUGGUGCAUAUAUGCUACUUACUAUAAGAAAUAGAAUGUAUCUUUUAUUUUCCUGAAAAUAUUGAAGCUGGAAGACUGUGCUAUUUUAAACAAAGAUUCAUCACUUCUAACAUAGGAAGGACUUCUGGGGAAAAGUGUGGGAGCCACCCUGGGAAUAGGGAAAGAAAUGCAGGAUGUGACUGGGAACAUCAGGCCAUUUUGCUUGAGAGAUAAAGAGGUGGGAAUAUCACUUUCAGAGGUACCAGAGAGAAAGGCUCAGACAAGCAACUUCAUCUGUCUUUAGGAGAGCAGGGCCUUCACUGAAAUCCAGGUCAUCUGAUUGCAUGCCCUGACUUACAGCUGGGUGAAACUUUGCAAUACGUACUUUAUCUCAGAAAGGUAGUCACAGAUUUAUUCCAAACACACCAAAUAUCUUCAUCUGGAAAACAUUUCCAGAGCAGUAUCUGUAGACCUGCUGGAGGGGAGUAUCUAGCUGAUCCUUCUAUUACCCAGUAAGUUGCAUGUGCAAACAAUAAUGCUAGGAAUGAAAAAGCAGGUUUCCAUCCUCUGCCCAGGCCAUUUGCAUUCAAAUUUCCUACUUCCUUAAUAUGUCUCCUAAUCACAGGAAGAAUGUUGUCCUGAAGAGAAUGUGCCUUGAGUCUUCCAUGCUGUUUUGCUUUGUAAAAAAUACUUAUGUAAACUCUGAGAGGUUGCAGGAGCCAUUCGAAAGUGCUGGAUAAUAGGGCUGCAGGGAAAGGAGAGUCCUCUUCCCUUUGGAAUGUGUAGGAAUGUUUUGGGUUUUUUGGCUGAAUGAAACAAAAUGAAAAGGGGAACUGAAAUUCAACAUAUGCUGUAUUCGUCAUAGUCAACUGCUUUAAGUAUUUCUCCUAGAUAAGGGUUGAAGUCUUAUGAGCAGAGUAAGGGCUCAACUCUGUUUCAUUUACAGUACAGCCCAGCAUGUGCUGGGCUGUUAGGCAUCUGGAGGAAUAGAAGUAGUGUCAUCUUUGAACACAGCCCCUUUUUCUUUAUUUGGUUUUCUAGCUAGUACUCAGAGCACUUUGGAGGAGGAUGGAAUGUUUCCAGACAAUUUUUCAGUUUUUCAUAUGGCAAGAAAACAGGAAAAAUGUCAUUUUGGUUCAGAUGGAACCGGAUGGAACCGAAUUUUUUUCCCCUUGGGAAAAGUCACUACAGAGUCAAUAUCCCAUCAACUUCUGAAGCUGGAACCUCUUUGGCUGUAACAGGAGAGGCAUUUUACUCCAGCUACCUGUCACUGUGCUGAAUGCAGGGACCUCAAAGUGAAUUUCAGGGAGCAGGAGAUGAGACUAAGUGGUGACAGUACUCUCUUCUGGCCUUAAGAAUCUACAAAAUGGGAAUCUCGGUAAUGUUUUGCAAUGGAUAAAAGAUCUGGAGCACAAAUAGCCAUAUUAGGACAACCUCCCACAUAGGAAUAGUGUAGAAGAGAGCCUUUUCCCUGCAGUGCAAGCAUGCCAGAUUGCCUGUAAUUUGGCUUGUAGUGUUUAGAGCUGAAGAAUAUUUUACUGUAAAAGAAAAAAAAAAAUGCAGCUUGUCUAGAAUUAGCUCACAUGGGAAAAAUACUUGAAAGUAAAUAACCCAAAAUAUUCUGUGUUUGAGCUUGAUUAUAGCUAGCAUCAAACCAAUUUUAUAUCUUUACUGGAAAAAACAUACUUUAUGGCUAAACUAACUAAAGGUCUUCAAUUUAUAUUUGUAGAAAAUCAGAGCUAAAGGUUUUGGUUGUUUUGGGUUUUAUAGAUUAGGUGAGAGCAUACUGCGUUUGCAUGUUCCCAGGAGAGUGGCUAUUUUUAUACUGCUUAAGUUAACAGUUCUAUUUAUAACAAAUGUUAAUCAAUAUAUAUGUACAUAUAUACAUAAAUAUAUUUAUAUACUGUACAUAUAUCAUAAAUCACCAGAGUUUAAUCAAUUUAGGCACAGCAUUUUAGAUUUUGUUUUCCUAGGUUUCUCUUUAUACAGUGAAUAAUAGGAAACUAUGGCAUAAAAUAAAACUGGCAUAAAAAUAAGCAUACUGUAUACCACAAGAAAUAUUGAUACUGUUUUGGUUGGUUUUUUUAGUGAAAUUUUAUUGUUGUCAGUACCUUAAAAUUUAAGGUUUCUUUUAAUUUAGUGUAACAUUAAGCUGUAAAGGAUAUGCACAGAUACUAAAUGGUAUACAAAAUAAUUCUGCAAUUUGUACACAGUUGCAAAACAUAGACACGUUAAAUGAAAGCACAGAAUUCAAAGCAGAAGCGAUAAACUAAGCAGUAAUACUGUGAUGUAGGUGAGUCUUUGUUUUUUUUAAACUUAAAACAAGUAUGGCUUUUGGCUGCCUGCACUAUGAAGUGAGGCGUAUUUUCUUUAGUAGUGUGUGCGUGCACAUACUGUGCAAAAAGCCUGUCUGCAUUUGUCAAGAUUGCGUGUCCUUUAGGUAGUCUUCCUCAACACAAGGAGAGACUGUUAAUGCCAGAGCGUGCUACCUAACUUUGAAAAUGAUUGUAGCUUAGCGUUGUAUUGGUUAUUCGUAUAGGGAAAAAAAGCAUUCCGAAGUGUGUUUGUUUUUGUUUCAGAUGCUGACUGAAUAUAGCAAAUAAAAAAUAGUGGCAUAACAUUUA